UUUCCACCCUCUCCCCAAAAUGUACCUGUUAGAAUCCCCUCUAGAAGCUCUCGCGUUCCGCUACUCCGCGGCCUUAGCCGGUUCCGCAUGGACGUGGCUCGCUGUAGUAUUCGCGGCCCUCGGCUUCUGGCAGAUCCGGCUCGUCGGGUCUAAAAUCAAACCCGACCCGAAACCCGAACCACCUCAAGAUGCCGCAAAGCCCACCGAAGACGUUAUCGUGGGGCCCAAUGAUAAUAAGGAUCUACCAAUGCGGAGAUGCCACGUGGACAGAAAGGGAGAGUACACCCUGACCAAGGGGAGGUUCACGGCGUACUUCCACGUGGAGGAUAACGGCCACGGCUACGAGUGUGACGGCGUUAGUGACGAUGACUACGAGAAGGAAGAGACGCCGUUAUGGAGACCGGAGGGGAUGAGAGGGGAUUUGGGGUGGUAUCGUUACGUGGACUUAACGGCAUUUGACGGCAGUGUGGUGAGGUUGUGGGACCGUUACGGGGGGGAGUUACAGCGGCGGAUUUAGGGGUAGAAUGGGAGCUCUAGCGAGAAUCUGUGAAAUGUAUAUAUGUUAACGUUAGUUCAACCUCGCCGGCGAUAAUUCGCCGACAUAUUCAGAAAAUUGCAGUUUUUGCCAUAUUGAGUUUUUUUCUAAUUACUGGGCGAAAUAUGUUGGGGGUCUAUUGGAAUAUUCUUUUUUUUACAAAGGAUCAAAUUACCGGUGUACAUUUCAAAAAUAAUAAGUAAAAAUAUGAAUUUCCAUGUAA